AUGCGUAAUUGUCAAGAAAAAAAUUAGUUAAUCAUUUUAAACAUCAUAUAAUAGUCCUUGAAUUGCCAAGCCUUAGAUGAUAAGGAAAUUCACAAUUGGAGAUUAAAAUUUAAGGCUUCUUCACAAGCUUAUGAUGACCUUGAUUCUUGUACUAAAAAUACAUGUUAGACAUAUUUCAAUUUAAUUACAUUCAUAAUCUUAAAUAGGUUAUCAGAAGGGUGAAAUCUAAUUGGAAGUUAUUUGAGAGUUCAGGAUUUGUAAUUCAAGGAUGAGGAAUUAUUAAUCUGAAAUUUGAUGAUAGGAUUAAU